GGCUGCCGGCUGCCCUCCCCCCCCCCCCCCCCCUGCCUCUGGAGCUUACCAUCCUCUACAACUCCCUGCUUUUUACUAUGGGAUCAUCUGACUCUGCCAUCAAAGGAGAAGCAGAAGAAAUACACCAGGGGCUCCUCAGGGUUCUGGAGGCUUGUGGGGCCUGCGGGCAGGAUCUUAGCACCGAGGAGCUGUGGCAUAAGGUGCUGCAGGAGGUAACUGAGGAGAAGCUGCAGGCACCUUUGCACCAACUGGGGGCCCUGCAAGCAGCGUGGUGGCUGGCAGCUGGCCGCCUGGGAAGUGCCACCGGCCUCUUCCGGCUCCUGAGCAGCGCUGAGGAUCCAGGGAGAGCUCAUUGCAAUGACGGGGAGAACGAACUCCUCUCCCUGCUCAAGGCAUGGCGAGUACCUGCUGAGGGGCCUUCCCUGCCCCUCGUACAGAGUGCUGAGGACUUGAAAGAGAUCCUUUGCACCGCAGCAGCCUUCCUGCAAGGGCUGCAGGCGCUGGAGGCUGGGAACUUCCCCACCGCCCUCUCCCUAAUUCAGGAGGCUGCAGGAGGAUUCUGCUCCAAGAGGGUCCUGGCCCAGAUCUACACCUGCCUUGGAUGCUGCGCUCAGCGAAUGGGCAAGCCUCAGACAGCUCUUCAGCACCUGAAACGGGCCCUCCAGGUAGACUUCCAGUGCCUUCCUGCCCUGUCCCACGCGGCAGCAGUGUACCAAGAGCUGGGGGAGACUGACGCAGAGCUGCAGGCCCUGACUCUGCUCUACAAGGCUGUGGAAAAAACCCCUCCAGCAGCUACUUCCUCUAGUCCCUGGUUCCUAAUUCAAACAGAGCUUCUUGUCCAUACACCAACACUAGCUUCUCUCCUUCGCCAUCGCCACCCUUCUGAAGUGAAGUACCUGCUGGCACAGCGGUGUCUCCAGGACGGGAGGGUGGCUGAUGCAGUGGAACAUUACCUGGAUCUUCUGGCUCUGUUUCAGGAGGGGCUGCAGCAGCAGGUGCCCCUAGAUGGUGACUCAGCUCUACCCAGGAUCCCUGAGGUGUUCCUGGAAGCAGCGUCUGCCUUGGAGCAGGCUGGGAGGCACCAGGAUGCCAUAACUGUGUGUGAGGAGGUCAUCAGCCGGACAACUGACCUGAUCCCACGGAUGUCACGAGUGGAGGAGAGGCUGGAGCAGUCAGAGUGCCUGUCACCAGGGACAGGGCUGGCGGGUGGACUCCUGUCCCAGAAGAAGGAGAGCCUGUGCUGUCUUGCCUGGAGAGCAGCUGGAUACUUGCAUCUGGGCUGGGUGUGGGCCCCUGGUGGAGAGGCUGAGCUCUGCUGCUGGGGAUUCGGGGAGCUGGAGGAUGAGCAGCCCAAGAAAAUGUUUGAGAGUCUCCUGCCAGAAGUGGAGGUGCUCCAGAAGAUCAGGUUGCUCUCUCUUAUCGGGAGAGGUGCACAGUUCCUGGAGCUGGGAAGGCACAAGGAAGCCUUGUUGGAUUUCCAGCACGGUUUGCAGAUCUCACCAGAUGACCCAGCUGCUGCCUCCUACCUGGUGCAGGCCUUGUGGAAGCUGAACAGAAAGCAGGAGGCGGCUGCUCACUGGCAGAAGUUCUCCCAGAGCCCUCCUGGGGAGGACGGGCAGCAGAAGGCGCAAGGAAGGCCCUUCCCUUUGUACCUGGUUUCGUGUCUGAAGCAGGCGAUGUUCCCAGACAGUGCAUCUCUUGGGGGAAGCAUACAGGAUUACCUCGGGACCACAAGCCGGGACAUCUCAAGCUAA